CUCCUAGGUUCAAGGAGCACCAAGUGGGAGGAUUCCAUUCCACUCCCCCACGCAGGCUCUGAGCUCAGAGCACAUCUUGAGGUGUUCAGAUUCAGACAAGAGGAAAAAAAAAAGGCAUGUGAUGGCUUUGCCUUUGUACUUGUACAAACAGGAAUAUAUCAGGCACUUACACUUUGUACAACUUAUUGAUGGAAUGGGCAACACUGCAGUGUUUAUGAAAGCAUCCACCCUGUGAGAAUGUCUGAGUCUAUUUGCUGCACUUCAAUGAACUGCAAUUGUCAGUGUUUUAAACCCGGAAAGAUAAGCCAGCGACAGUGCGACCAGUGCAAACAUGGCUGGGUAAAGCAUGCCCUAAGCAAAUUAAGGAUCCACCACCUAUACACCAGUGGUCAGGUUGAGAUUGUCCAGUCAAAUGUGGUUUUUGAUAUUGGCAGUCUUAUACUUUAUGGAAACCAAGCUAUCCCAGUUCGUCUUAAAAUACUGUUAGACCGACUUUUCAGUGUCCUAAAGCAGGAAGAGGUUACCCAGAUUCUACAUUCUUUAGGCUGGACACUUCAGGAUUAUAUCAGAGGAUAUGUCCUCCAGGAUGCUACAGGGAAGGUAUUGGACCGGUGGAACAUAAUGUCCUUUGAGGAAGAGCUAACUACGCUACAACAAUUCCUUCGUUUUGGAGAGACUAAAUCAAUUGUGGAGUUAAUGGCACUUCAGGAUAAGGAAGCACAGGCUGUUGUAGUCCCAAGUACAAGAAGCAAUUCAGAUAUUAGAACAUUUAUAGAAAAUAGUAAUCACAACAGAAACUCUAACCUUUCAAACAAUUUGGAAAAAGUCCAGUUAACAAACAUUCAUCACUUUGAAACUAUUGUAAACAAUAUGGGAUUUAUAUUACCAUUCCAUUUGUCUAAGCCAGAUUUUCCACCUCUGGUAGUCUCUACAGCUGAUAAAUUUUUGAUUGAACAAAAUCAAAAGAAAAUGAAUGAAUCAGAGCAAGACAAUCACAUUGUUUCAGCUGAAAACUAUGGCACAGGUACCAGUCCAAUGUCCUUUAAAGUUGAGAGUGAAAUGCAUAGGAAUAUUCAGAAAGCCAUCACUGAAGAAAACUUUGUUGCUUCUACUGUUAAUAGUCCUAACAGUCUGCCAUCUCAUUCUCUUUUCACAAGAGCAAAACAAGAGAACAUAGAACUAUCGCCUGAAAUUAAACUAAAACUGACUGACAAAAACAGCAGUGAGUCAAGGAAAGGACGUGUGUAUUGUACUUCAUGUGAAAAGACGUUUUAUGACAAAGGUACUCUAAAAAUUCAUUACAAUGCAGUACAUUUGAAGAUAAAACAUAGGUGUACCAUUGAUGGUUGCAACAUGGUGUUUAGCUCAUUACGUAGCCGGAAUCGUCAUAGUUCCAAUCCCAAUCCCAGGUUACACAUGCCGAUGAACAAAAACACCCGUGAUAAAGACCUCCAAAAUACUUUGCCAGUAUCAACAUGCAAUAAUGACAAGAGCUUUCAUUUUACUUCUUUCACAGCAGAAUGUAAACCUCUUCCUGCCAACAGUAAUUCCUGCACAGAGACAAAAGUUCAGGCUUUUCUGCCCAAUACUGGGCAAAACAAGGUUUUAUAUCCUAAUCUGAAGACAGUACAGCCAGUUCUCCCUUUUUACCGCAGUCAGGACACAAGUACUGAACUUUGCAGCACCGCAGAUGCACUACCUUCUUUACUUCGAGUUUCCCCUUCAGCAGACAAACCUGUCCCGGAGUUAUCAGUGGAUCCUUUGCCAAAGAAGAAGUCCCGCAAAUCUAGUAUGCCUAUCAAAAUCGAAAAAGAAGCCGCUGAGGCAGUUGAUGACAAUACUGAUGAUGUCAGCUCUGAAAAUGACAUGCCUAUUCAAUUAACAAGUAAAGGACAUUCUGAAGAUUAUGGCCAGCUAUAUGAAAACAAAAUUUUCGAAAAAGAUAAUAAAGGAUCACGUUUAGACAAGCCUGUUGCUAAAGUUGAGGGACAAACGGACACGCAGAAUGAAAAUGGAAUUUACAAUUUCGAGGAGAAUUUUAUGACUGAAUGUGUCCUUUCUAAAAACAUGUAUAGUUCAGAGCAAAAACAGCCUGCAUAUAUUCUUCCCGUUAAAGAUAAACAGGAAGAGUCAGUAUAUUGUGCCAGUAAACUAAACAUUACAACUCAAAAUUAUGAAACCAACCAAACAGAAAAACUGCCCUACACUAAUGAGAAGACAGCACAGCACAGCCUGCAAAAUGAAGGAUUAUGUUUCUUAUUUCCAAAUAAGGCAAGGGACACUAACAAUUUCGGUGGUGAUUCAGGAGGCAUUGCUUCUGUACAGCAUUUCCUACAGCUGAACAAAGAUGAAGAAAACCCUCAUCAUUGUGAAGUUUGUAACAAGGCAUUUAAAAAUGCAUACAGUGUCAAGAUGCAUUACGAAAGCGUACACACAAACCAGAUGCAUUUUUGCACUGUUCAGGGUUGCAGUGCCUCUUUCCCAUCUAGAAGAAGUAGAGACAGGCAUAGUGCAAAUAUAAAUCUUCAUCAUAAGAUUUUAACCAAAGAUCAGACAGAACAAGAAAACAGACUCCUAAGUGAAUCAUCACUUCUGAAAGAUAUUUUUACAGAUAUUCCCCGGGCUUCCCAAGCUGUUCCAGUAUCCCAACAUUUUAGACAGACUUCAGUAAUCUUUAAAGGAGUGAAUAGAACCGGCAGUUUGGUUUUCCCCAUGAGUAAGGCACAAGAUUAUUUUUCUUCAACUACUUUAAGUGGUGGUGGUGAUGAUGAUUACGAUGAUAACAGCGGAAAACAGAGUACCGCUCUUGACCUAAGUACUGCCUCAAGUGUCAACUCUAUAAAAAGUGGCAGUUCAUCAUGUGACUCAGAAGGAGGAAAUGAGGAAAUCACUGGAGUAGAUGAGACUGACGAAAGCUGCGACAUACCAAGUUUAUUACCCAGAGAUGAGUCAUAUCACAGCCACACCUUAACGGAAAGUAAUAGUCAAAAUUUGCCAUCAGGCUUACCAGUAAUUUGUCAUAUCUGCCAAAAGCUCUACAGUAACAAAGGGACAUUUAGAGCUCAUUAUAAAACAGUACACCUCCGUCAGUUACACAGAUGCAAAGUUGCAGGAUGUAAUACAAUGUUUUCAUCUGUACGCAGCAGAAACAGGCACAGCCAGAAUCCAAACUUGCACAAAAGUUUAUCAAACUUACCAGCUCACUCUCAGCAGAGAUAAAUCUGAAUUGCUUCCUACCAAACUGGGGUGUCUUAUACUCAGUAUAUGCAUAUGUAGCUGUGCUCAAUUCCCCUACUUGAUUAAAAUACGUUUUUAGAAAAAGGUAUGCAGCUCUUACUUUAAUUUGACAUUAGAAGGUUUGCUGCACUGCAGCUAAAAUGUAUUUAAUUUCCACAAUAUCCAGAAGGUAUAUGCUUCAAGGUACUUUCUCUACAGGACUUGAUGAAACAGUAUAUAUGUAAUAUAAAAUGGAAUACUUACUGAUAGAAUGUGCAGUGCCACUAAAAUGAAUACUUGACAUAACUGUUUGUAUGAUAAACAAAAGUAAACUGUUCCUUCCAAAAUGUCACUGAAUGUUAACAGGCAAACAGAUAUGAAACAAACCACCUUGCUAUCUAACAAAAAAGUUAAGGCUGGGAUUCCAAAAGAUUGUACGCUAUACUACUUCAAGUUUUGAAAUAAAUGAAGGGGUACAUCAGAUGUGAUAUGAGCACUUGCAAAUGUUUCUAGUCUCCAUGAACAUUUAUAACAUUGUUUGCACAUCACCCCAGAAAUGUGAGAAAUCAUCUGAUGCAUGCAGAAGACAGGCAGUUGUAAACAUACCUCUCAACUGUACAGAUUUUCGCAGAAUGUCCAGAUUUUUGCCUCAUAUUUUUGGUCCAUUCCCCAUAAAAUCUGUAGUUUUCUGGCAAAUCA